AUGGAUACCUCUGAUAUCUCUCGUUAUCUCAGCACCCAACCACAACAAGCAAACCAACUUGUUCCCUUCUUUCCGAGCAAUGAGGUAAUGAACAACGCCUUUGGUUUCCGGAUGGCUAACGCACCACAACGCACAUUAUCUAAUGUCUUUAUAAAUCCCAUAAUUGCCCCAGGAGCUGGUCAGCCACUCCCAGCAAUGAUGCCCCAUAAUAUGAUCAACACGAGCAACUUUCUUCAAGGAAAUCCUUGGAAUUUAUUGAACCCGUUUGGGACAUCUCAACAAUUUCCGGAUGCUCAUUCGCUGAUCUCCAGUCCGUCGGCAAACAGUGUUCAGGACCCUCCAGAUGGGUUGAAUCUAGGAGGCAGGAAAAUCGCAAAACUUAUGAUUUCCGACCAAGAUAUGCAAGAAUCUAGACUAGAACGCCAACUGGCACAAAUAUUCUCUCCUAUUGCGGCGCAAGAUGCACAGAGCAGUGAUUCUAAUUUUGAAGACCGUCGAAUUCGAGAAGGAUCCAUGCCAAAUCUUGUACCUUAUUCAAUUGAGUUUCCUAGAACUCCAGUGACAAGUCCACAGCAGUUGCAUGCUUCCGUUGGUAAUUUUGAAAGCAUCUCUCAAGGUACCAGAUCUCCACAACAUGCAGCUACGGACGCAGUCUCAGUCGAAGCGAUCCUAGAUAAUCCAAGAAUCGCCGCACCAGAAAAUAAUGGAAUCAAAAUCCAAUUCUCAGAUGCUGGAAUAGAUUACGGUGAAAACAGAGUCGCUGAAGUGGACCAAGAAGCAGACACAAAUGAUGAAUCCAUUCUUUCUAAACAAAACAAUCAUAUUUUCAACUCGAUGAUGAUUGACGAACUCCUGAAAAGGACUAAAUUCUCUUGUGAAUUCGAGUUCCGCACCGCUUCCGGAAGCCAAUUCCAAAAUUGGACACAUAUCCGAGACUCCAAGUUCCUCUUCUUGGCCGUCAUCAAUGAACAGGGAUUCUUGGAAAUUCAGGCUUGUCAUACACCACCCGAGCAAACUACCAACGAUCCUCCUGCCGGCAACAAAUGGGCUAUCAAAAAUACCUACAAUGCGGAUUCUCAAUGCCUCACGAUCACAAUCAGCGGAAUUAUUGAAUAUAACUACAUGUCGCCUCUCAUUGGAAAGUUUGAAAAUUCGGAAAAGCCGAUUUCGCUUUUUUCAUUCUCCUUGGAAGACCGAAAACUAUCUAUGAGAAAUGGUGGAAACGAGGAUGAAGAGAUAACUCAGAGAUGGUGUCCUUUAUCCAGUAUCAAAUUUGACACCCCGGCAACUGGAGAAUUUCAAAUCACAGCUAUUCUCUCACCUAAAUAUGUGGAUAUGCAAUCAAAAAAUGAUAACAACUCAAUGGGGACGGCGCAGAUAGUUUCUGAAAACACUGACCAGAAAAAUGCUCCAGCAAAACAACCGAAUGGAAAGUCAAUGACUGCAGGAAACAAUGCAGUUUUGCGAAAUGAAAGUCGAAACAAUGGAAAUAAAUCAGAACAUAAAGAAUGUUCUGAGACUCAAUUGGUAGUUGGAGCCAGUCACCACCGUGGCAAGGAAUCCAAGAUUGCCGCUCAACUAGGAAUAAAUACUGCAGCACUAAUAGAAGGAAACCUACUGGCCGACGACAGUUCUAAUACAUCGAGAUAUGUGGGAAUUCUCGAUUUAGAACAGGCAAGAUUAUUGUCAGUAGACAAAUCACCUGAUUUACAAAAAGUACUGGAGAAGCUGUUGAAAGAAACGGAAGAAAGAAGAAAACGAAUCAACGCAGAUACCCCGCUAGAAACAGUCCCGAAAAAGAUUCGUUUGGGAGCAGAUAAGCAAUUGAUCAAUGAAACUGAGAAAUUAUCCGAUAGUGAGGAUUCGAGUGAUUCAAACUAUUCUGAGAGUGAAUCAUCAGCUUGCGAAUAUAAUGCAAGAGAUUAUAAUGCGAUGAGCAGCAGAAAGAAUGAUAAAUGUGGUGUCUCCCAGUCCCAUUGCUUGGAAAAAAUGUUGAUGGGGCAAUAUCUAUUCCGAGUGAACUGUCGGAUUUGUGGUCAAAUGUGGCAUACUGUAUGUGUCACUGGAGAGAACGUUGAGUGGUCCGAACAGAAGAAAAAGAAGCUGCGGUGCUGUGGUGAACGAAAAUCCAAAGAUGUCACCCGCGCAGUACGUGGACAAACGGCCAGACGCUGGAGAGCCUUGUACCGGUUCUGA